CACAUGUGAACCGGCGGCGACUCCGACCAUCGCCGUCCCUCAUCCACCGGCAACGGCGACCGCGUCGGUACCGGCUACCCUACUCCGUCUCCAACCCCCAAGCGUGACCGCGAUCUGAGCCGCACCAGGGUCCAUCCUUGGAUCCUCCAUGGAGCGCCGCGACGGGGAGAUCCCCGCCAAGAGAUCCAAGCUCUCCGACGGCGGCGGCAGCGAGGACCGCCUCAGCGCGCUUCCCGACGACCUUCUUCUCCAGAUCCUGCUCAAGCUCGUCGACACCGCCGUCGCCGCUCGGACCAGCGUCCUCUCCACUCGCUGGCGCCGCCUCUGGACCCUCCUCCCGAAGCUCCGGUUUUACCCCGGCGCUCAGCCCCUCGGCAUCCGCGCCGCCCUCGAAUCCCAUGAAGCGCCGGCUCUCCGCUACCUCAAAGUCGGUUUACUCGACGCCACUCCCGAGUCCGUGGCGGCUUGGCUUCCAGUCGCCGCGCGCCGCCUCUCCGGCCAUCUAAAACUCGUCAACACGGUGGAGCAGGACGGAUCGGUGGACGAGGCCAGGAGAAUAGGCGCCUUUGAUCUGCCCUGCUUCGAGGACGCCACCACGAUCCACCUCAAAUUAGGGUAUCUUGGCCUCGCCGUGCAUCCAUUGGGCGUAUUCGCCCGGCUCACCGAUCUCCACCUGAUUUGCAUCCGGCUACAUGGUCCGUGCAUGCUCGGUGAAGCUGUCUCCUCACCGCGGUGCCCAUUUUUGCGGAAUCUCACCGUCCGUGAUGUCUGGGGUUUGGACAACUUCACCAUUCAUUCUGAGUCUCUUAUGCUAUUGAGGCUGGAAAAACUGCACGAGUUGGAGCAGCUCACUGUUAUCGCACCCGAACUCAUAUGGUUAAAUGUGACCAUCUGCUUCCUUUCCAGUAAGAAUCAACCGGUUGCAAACAUCUCUGCUCCUGAGCUGGUGACCCUCCUUUGGUCGGAUGACUAUGAUCCAAGAUUUACAGAGCUUGGCAAGAUGGAAAAUCUAGAGCGGCUGUACACGUACCCUUUUUUCGUAUAUGGACAAGAUAACUAUGUACACAAAUCAAUCAAUAGCAAUAUUAUGAACCUUUUGAGGCACUUUGAACUCAUCCAGAAUCUGCGCUUCAAGCUUCUCUAUCCGCUGGAAAUUACUGACCAUGAGUACUUGAUGGAAGACAUUACAAGGCUACCAAAGAUUGUGGAAAUGAACCUGCAUAUAGAAACAAAAGGACAUUCCUUUGGAACCAGUUUCUUCCAUCUCCUCACUAUGUGUACUGGUGUCAGAAGGCUGACUCUUACACUUGAUUGCAAAACUAGCUGUCUGGUACGAACUGAGUGCCCAGCAGGCUGUGUUUGUGAUCAGAUGCCUAACUGGAAAACUGAGGAACUCACGCUGAAUUGCCUCAAAAGAGUAAACCUUAGUAACUGGGGAGCAACUGACCAUGAAGCUGCUCUUGUGAAACGGUUACUCGAGUGGGCAACAGUGCUACAAACCAUGACAGUAACUUUUGACCGCUCAGUUGCUGGAAGCAAGGCCAAGGAGUUCUGCCAGAUGCUACAAAGCUUCUCGAGGCCAGAAAUAUGUAUGAUAGGGCCGCACUUCGCUUGAUCUAGUUGUACCGGUACACAUAGCACCACUUGUUCAAGAGCACUUUGCAUGUUCUAGAAGUUUGCCACUUACGAUGGUCGGCUGGUGGUUGUUUUGUGGUUCUUAUAUGUCCCAUCUCAGUAUCAACUGCAGUGUCUCUGAACUUGGAUCAGGUACACCCUGCGGCGAUGUAAGAGGCUGUACCAAUUGCACCUUUUGCCACUAUCUUAUAUACGUUGCAGGAUGUACUAGACUGUUGAAAACAUUCUUGGUGGUUUGUUUGCUGUGCUCUUCACAUGUGAGUGUCUAAACGUUAGUUCCAACGACAGCAGCUAACCA